GGCUAUUCUGCCGACGCCGCCGCGUGUUGUGACCUCACCGCCACCGAGCAGCAGCAGUGAGCUGGCCAUGCAAGAAGCGCCGGUCGUGCCACCGCCGGCUACGCCCUUCCCGUACCAACCAGUGCCCGCACCCAUGCCGUCGGCGUGGGAUGCGAGUGCGAGCGGGUGGAAGCUCCAUGAUGCUGUGCCCGCAUCCGACGCAUGGAGCCAAGACCUGGAUCGACUCCUUCAAACCGGUACUACUGGUGACGCCAGUGUUGCUGGAGCCCGCCCACAGGACCCUUGCCUACCGCCGCCGCCGACAGCAACAACACCGUUGACGUCAACAACACCGACGCCGCCAGCCAACAACACCAAACCACCCCGCCUCACCAAGGGAGUGGCAGGCGUCGAGGAGCUACCUCCGCGCGGCAAGCCCAAGCCAUCGGCGUGGACGUCGAGUGCGAGCGGGUGGAGGCUUCAUGAUACUGUGCCUGCAUCUGACGCAUGGAGCCAAGACCUGGAUCGACUCCUUCAGACGAGUGCUAGUACGAUCAUGCAGGUGCAGCAAGAGAUCAACGCGAUCGUCCACAGCUAG